CGCUUUUUUGAAAACAAAUUUGCGCUGCAGUCCGAGUGUUUGUGUUCGAUCUUGCUUUUUAUCUCUGAAGUAAGCCGCUAAAUAAUCUAACAAAAUGUUGAACGACGCGGAUUUUGUGGACCCUAAAAAUGUGGUUAAAUGUAGAGAGCUGCUUUACCGUAUGAUGAUCAGUCAGCUCUUCUACGAUGGGCACCACCAAGUUGCAGUCGAGCUAACCGGCUUGGUCCGGGCAGAUCCGCCGUGCCCACCGAGCGAUCGCUUACUGAACAUCUUUCGUCAAGCGUGCCAAAUCGAUUCCACUAAACCGACGAAUGUGUUCGACGAAGUCACGUCUGGGUUGGAUUUGGAGUUCGAAAUCGAAAGCAGUGCGCUGGCACCAGAACCGGCUUCCUACGAGACCGCUUACGUCACGUCACACAAGGCCGCAUGCCGUGCCGGAUGUUUCAGCUAUGAUGGUCAGCUAGUGGCCACGGGUAGUGUCGAUGCCAGUAUUAAAAUCCUGGAUGUGGAUAGAAUGUUGGCUAAAUCAGCUCCGGAUGAGCAGGAACCAGGUCGGGAGCAGCAAGGUCAUCCUGUAAUAAGGACACUGUAUGAUCAUACUGACGAGGUUUCUUAUUUGGAGUUCCACCCGAAGGAUCAAAUUUUGGCUUCCGCUUCACGCGAUCACACCGUUAAACUGUUCGAUAUCUCAAAGGCUUCCGUCAAGAAGGCCUAUCGAGUGUUAGGCGAUUGUGUACCAGUUCGCUGCUUGGCAUUCCAUCCUACAGGAGACUACAUGGCCGUAGGGACUGACCAUCAUGUUUUGCGAGUCUAUGACGUUCAAACGGGUCAGUGUUUUGUGAGCGCGAUUCCGUCCCAACAACAUACGGAAUCGAUCACUUGCGUGCGAUAUGCAGCAAACGCCAAGGUUUAUGCCACCGGUAGUAUGGAUGGUUCGAUCAAGCUAUGGGACGGAGUUAGCGGGCGUUGCAUCAACACUUUCGCUCAAGCUCACGACGGUUCGGAAAUCUGUUCCGUUGUAUUCACCCGCAAUGGGAAGUACCUUCUUUCCUCAGGAGAAGACUCGCUGGUAAAGUUGUGGGAACUCAGCACCAGUCGGUGUCUGAUUGCCUACACCGGAGCAGGAACCACCGGCAAACAGGAACAUCAGACGCAAGCUGUGUUUAACCAUACCGAAGAUUAUGUGCUUUUCCCUGAUGAAGUGACCACAUCGCUCUGCUCUUGGAACUCCCGCAACGCAUCACGUUGCCAUCUGAUGUCGUUGGGUCACAACGGUGCAGUGCGCUUCAUAGUCCACUCACCGACUCAUCCAGCAUUCUUGACGUGCUCCGAUGACUACAGGGCACGAUUCUGGGUUAGAAGAUCAAAUUCGCACUGAACACAGAACGGGGACGAUGGUGUUGCAUUUCAUGUUUUUGAUGUAGGUAUUUUUACCAACUGAAAUAAAGACCAGCUAUAUGUGAACUGACAAAGGAAA